CAAUGUCCACUACAGCAUGAGCAUCAAUGGAAAAGUGGAGGAGGGUACGAUGGAGAUCGACGCGGCCAAUAACAUGGAGAGAUUCAGCACUGGCAGCGGGGCAGAUGAGGCCGUGGAGGUCCACGACUUUGAGAUUGGGAUCACAGGGAUCCGGUUUUCGGGAGGAGAGAAGUGCUACAUCAAGACCCAAGUGAAGGCUCGUCUGCCCGACGUGGAGGCGCUCAACAAAGACUCGAUGACGUUCGACCUGGUGGGUUUGUCCUGAGAAAGCAUGUUUCCUGCACGCUCAAAUGUGCUUUAAAAUCUAUUUUUAAUGAACUUAUCGACGACCUUUUUCCACUGCGGGAGCUUAAAUGUUCUGUAUACGACGUUUAAAGAAGCAACCCUUUAAUAUUACACUUUCAAGCUUUACAAAAUAUUAUACAUUAAUAUUAUU